AUAAUAGGUAUAUACUCCCCCCGCUUGCUUACACAAGUGACACGCAAGAUGGGUUUGCAAGAUGCUGUUUUUGUGGCAGUCACCGCGCCAUAUCACGCACUUCACAAAACAAGCUCGUUUGCUUGGAAUGCCGCAAGUUCGGCAACACAUUAUUUGAAACCAAAUACUGAAAUAAAGAUGCCACCGCCUGUACCUUUAUGGAAAUUGGCUGCUGCUAGUGGACCAUAUGUAAAAUUGGCAGCUCUCAGUGGUGCGACAGCGGUAAUUCUUGGUGCUUUAGGUUCCCAUAAACAUUAUGCGAAGGAUGAGAUUGGACAGGAGCAACGUCGUAUUUUUGAAACAGCAAAUCGCUAUCAUUUCAUUCAUACCUUGGCUCUGCUGGGAUUACCGCUAUGUAGAGUUCCGGCUCUGAGUGCAAUAUUCAUGCUCUCUGGGAUCAUGUUGUUUUGUGGUAGCUGCUAUUACACUGCGUUUACUUAUGACCGACGUUUUAGUGCCACCACACCAAUUGGAGGCUUUUGUCUUAUACUGGGAUGGUGCAGCAUGCUCCUUUAAAAAGAACGCUGAAGAUAAAAUUCUAUACAGAAAACGCAUUUUUAUAGAAAAAUAAAAUAUGCGACUAAGAGUGUGAUGUGAUGAAAAGGAAACAAUACUUUCUAGCGUUAAGAACAAUAUCUUAAGAUUUAUAAAAAAAAAGAUAAGAAAAUAUACACUGUAAAACAGA